AUGGAACUUAACAAGGGUGGGGGGAGGUGUGCUAAGAGAUGCUUUGGUGAUGGUGAUCGGAUAAGUCGGUUACCGGACGACAUUCUCGUUGAUAUACUGUCUUUGCUAUCGCUCAAGGAAGCUGCACGCACUAGUGUUCUUUCUUCUCGUUGGAUCAACUUGUGGAAACACACCCCCUCUCUCAAUUUCGAUGCUAAAAGUUCACUGCGCAAGAUUAAAAAAAAUAUCAAGUUACUCAAAAGUGAGGGAUCCAAGUAUGUGGAAUGGGUGAACUCCGUUCUCCAAUCCCACAAAUCGACCACCUUGAAAGAAUUUAUAAUCCAUUUCCGUUUUGACAUAACAGCCGAGAAUUCAAUCACUCAAUGGCUUGAAUUCGCUUUUUCCAGACAAGUUCAGAGGUUGGAAUUGUUCAUGGAGAAAUCUGGCAUCUUUUAUUGUUUUCCUGAAGAGUUUUUUAGCCCGUGCAGUGGCACAGAACCUAAGUUGCAACAACCUCGAAUGCUUUUCGACUUCAAGUCACUCAAACAAUUGUCUUUUAAAAUGAUUAUUGUGAGUGAUAGAGCUAUUGAGUUGUUCUUACAUAACUGCCCGCUACUCGAACAAUUGAUUGUCCACUACUCUAAAAAAAUAUCAAAGCUUGAAGUUUGUGGUCCAUCCCUUAUGUUAAAACACUUGGAGUUAUACUAUUGCAUGGGUUUGGAAUCACUUAAAAUUUCUGCACCUAGACUUACUACGCUUAAUGUUACGGCUUUGAAGGCAGUUGUGCUCGAGAAUGUUCCAAUGCUAGUUGAGUUAACUGGCAAUUGUGACGAUGACAGUAUUUCUUUGAGGCAUUUAAUUUCCACACUGUCUUGCUGCAUUUCUCAAUUGGAGUCCCUUAACUUGCACCUGGUGGACCAAUAUGUUCGACAUGGACAAGAAACUGACGAGCUCUGCAAUUUCCCUGAAAUGCCUAAACUGAAGAAGUUGUUCAUCGAAUAUGAUGACAUACUCGGUGACAAAAGUCUUAUUAGACUAGCUGCUUUGGCAAGGGCAUCUCCUCACUUGGAGGAAUUCUUUUUUGAGAAUGAAUGGCGACAGUUGAGGAAAGUGAGACCAUUUGUGAAUGGUGUGAUAAGGUUUCAGCACCAACACCUAAAAGUGUUCAAAUUUUCUGGUUAUUAUGGUCGCGCGAGUGAUAUUGACUUUAUCCAGUACAUUCUGGAGAACUGCGAUGUGCUCGAGAAAAUAAUAAUCCGUCCCAGUCCCAGUGCUGUAUCUUCUCGUGUGGAACGUGACAGAUUAAGAAGAAAGCAAAUUGCGCGUGAAAAUGCAAAGCGAGAUCUUGAACCACUGUUGCCUCCGCACGUUGAAUUAGUCAUUCUAUAA